CAACAGGGACAGUUCAGGACACGGGUGGUUGGUGCACACAACAGGGACAGUUCAGGACACGGGUGGUCAGUGCACACAACAGGGACAGUUCAGGACACAGGUGGUCGGUGCGCACGACAGGGACAGUUCAGGACACUCACGGUAAGUGGCUUGCAGACCCUCAACGGCAGGCGACUCCAGACAGGGACAACCAGUGGACGGCUUCCAGGCAACACGCAGCCACGGACAGUGUGCAGAGUCCCUCAGCAGAAGCUCCCAGGGCACUCAGCAGCAGACAGCUUCCAGGGACACGCAGCCACGGACAAUGUGCGGGGUCCCUCAGCAGCAGCUCUCAGGGCACUCAGCAGCAGACAGGGUGCCGGGGUGCUCAGUAGACAGGCUUACAGGCUUGCAGGGUCUGGCAGGGUCUCA